AUGGAGGUCACUCGCUGCGGCAUUCACGGUUUCCACGAAGCACUUGGUAUUGAUACUGAUGCGAUUCGCUUCUUCUGGGUGCUUGAAGCCAGAAAUUCAAAUGCCCGACAAGCUGCAUACCGUAUAGCGGUCUCCUCCAAGCGCAAUCUCGAUGAGCAGCCGGACGCCUGGGACUCUGGCCGUGUGCAGAGCGAUUCCCAGCGCAACAUUCUUUGCAAGCCCGAGAGUGGCUUCAAGUCGACUACUUUGUACUACUGGCAAGUGACUGUCUGGGAUGAGAAGGACAAUUGUUCGAAGAGUGCGAUCAAUGAGUUCUACACUUCGUAUCCCCGGUCAUCCAGACUUCUUCCCCCCUACAGCAUGAACCAGACCUAUAUGCCGCAUAGCAGUCUGAUUUUCCGCACCUGGUUCGAAAACGAGGCCGACCGGUGGAAAGCCGUAUGGAUUGGCAACGGGGCGGAUAAACCCAUCUACCUUCGAAAGUCACUUCAGCACGCAUCCACCAAGGAGGUCGAAAGAGUCAUUGUCUUUGCAUCCGGCCUGGGCCAUUUCAACCUCACCGUCAAUGGAAUGCCCGCGUCAACGCAUGUACUCGACCCAGGGUGGACAAACUACCACCGCACCGUGCAAUUUGUCGGCUACGACGUGACAUCUCAGUGGAAGAGCGAGGAGAACGUCAUCGGUGCCCAUGUCGGUAAUGGAUUCUACGCUGGCGAUCAGGGUGAUCGGUUCUUCUGGCCAAUGUACGAGGAUAAUACCUAUGUUCGCUAUGGGAAUGAGCUUUGCUUCUUCGCGGAGAUCCACGUCCACUACACCGAUGGCUCGCAUGAGACGGUCAUCUCAGAUCCAAGCUGGAAGGUCCGCAGCAGUGCAACCACGUUGGCGAAUAUUUACAUGUCCGAGGAUCAUGACCGUCGCUUAUACCCUGUUGGCUGGGAUGCGCCUGGAUACGACGACAGUGAUUGGGCCUCUGCCAAACCGCUGACAGGACCGAGAGGAAAGCUGCGAUAUCAGAGCCAGCCUCCUGUUGUUCUGCACAAUACAUUCAAUCCAGUGCGACACCAGGUCCUCCGUCCUGGCGUGACAAUGUUCGACCUUGGCCAGAACUCCAGCAUCAUGCCCCGGGUGGAGAUAACUGGCCCUGCAGGGUCUGAGAUUAUCAUCCGAUACUCUGAAACCAUCGACGAGGACGGCGCAGUCUUCAUGCCCGAUCCUCUAUUCAAAGAAUUCGAAUACGGCGUCUACACCAAGUUCACCCUCUCAGGAACAAGCGAGAAGGAAUCCUGGACGCCCGACUUCUCCUUCACCAGCGCGCGCUACAUCCAAAUCGAAGGCGCCUCGCUCGAACCAAACGACAACCUCCCAACAAUCCACUCCGUCACAGCCCGCCACGUCUCCUCCGCAGCCCGGCAUCUAGGAUACAUAAAGACAGACAAAGACGACGUCAACGCCCUCAUAAACGCCUGCUACUGGAGCUUCUCCUCCAACCUCUUCAGCUACCACACCGACUGUCCCCAGAUCGAGAAAUUCGGAUGGCUCGAGGUAACCUCCCUCCUUGCUCCAGCAACGCAAUACGUCCGCGACAUGGAGGCCGUCUACUCCAAAAUCCUAGAUGAUAUCAUCGAUACCCAGGAAUCGGACGGUCUUGUUCCGACUAUGGCCCCUGAGAUUAGAUACAUGUGCGGGCCGCUCCAUGAUACGAUCACCUGGGGCUGCGCGAUUGCGUUCCUCCCUGAGUUGAUAAAACGGUAUUAUGGGUCGACGGAGGUGUUCAGCAAGAUAUACCAGCCUUGUAUCCGGUAUAUGGAAUACAUGAAGACGAAAGAGCGGCAUGGCGGGCUGAUCGAGCACGGUCUCGGCGACUGGGGGCGUGAUAUCGCAUUUGGGAACCACCAGGCCAAUAUCGAGACGGCGGUUUAUUAUCGCUGUCUGCGGAAUGUUGCCCUUAUGGCUGCUGAGCUGGGAUAUGUCGAAGAUGAAAAGAAAUACACGCAGUGGGCGGAUCGGAUUUAUGAUGUUUAUAACAGGCAUCUCCUUGUCACGGACAAAACAACCCGUCCUUAUGCAUUUUAUACUUCGCUUGAUAGCCCGGGCGUCUAUGACUGUACCAUGGUUGCGCAGGCCAUGGCGUUGCAAUUCGGUCUUGUCCCGGCAGUUCAUAGACCGGAUAUCGUCAAAGCGUUUCUAUCGGCUUGUUCGGCAUCAGGGAACCGGAUCGAAGCAGGUGAGAUUGGGUUGAAGUACCUCUGGAAUACACUCGCCGAGCCGGACGUCAACAGACCGGAUAUCGUGCUGGCCAUGGCGCGACAGGAAGAACACCCGAGUUACAUGCGGUUCCUGCGUCGUGGCGAAACGACGCUCUUGGAGUUUUGGCAGGAUGCGUGUCGCUCCAAGUGCCAUGAUAUGCUGGGGACGAUCUAUGAGUGGUUCUAUGAGGCGGUGCUAGGGGUUAAACCAGUCGGUGAUGCGUAUCGGACUUGGACACUGAGACCGCCGGUUGAGAGUGAGUUUGGGUCUGUGGAGGGGGAGGUGGAUUGUCCGUAUGGGCUUAUUCGGGUUACAUUUGAAAGGAUCGGUGAGAGAGUGAAGCUGGGGGUUCGCGUACCGACCAGUACAACCUGCACUCUUGUUCUGCCCCUUGCAUGGAGGGUUGUUGAGAUGAAGCCUGCAGUUGCUGAGACGGAUGGGAAGAAUGUGGUUGUGCUGCCGCAGGGAACAUACGAUAUUGUCGUUGCAAAGUAA